AUGAGAGACAACUACACUGAGUGGGGACGCUACACUCACCCUGACCCAGAUGAGGAAAUCCGGUUUUGGAAGAAAUACAAACCGUUCGAGAAUUUGUUGAGCGCUACAACACUUCCGAUCCUAUUCCAGCAAAUGAUGCCGCUCUGCGAGGAUCCCGUCGAGGACAAAGGCAGCCGUGUUUCUUAUUUGUUGUGGGAUGUUGGUAUCGACAUACCGCGCUACCAACUUGCCAUUCUCAAACUAGUAGAGGCUAUUCGCGUGCUUUCCGAGCUGGAAAGAACUGAGGAGCAGAUCCGUGCUGGUCGUCUUGAGGACAAAUUGGAACUCUGGAAAUCGUUGGAGAGAUUCGAAUACGUUUGGGACUGGUGGCCUGCGAGACAUGGCCUGUAUUAUCCAUUUAAUGGGCCGAAUGAGUACCACAAUGCCCAAGCUUUCUAUGCGCACCAUCUUGCUACAUAUCCUCCUGAUUCGACAGACAGUUCAUGUGAAUUAGCUGCAGCAUUUCAGCUCGUCAUGUUCGCAUUAGAGCAGGAUCCAUGGAAUUAUGCAAACAUAAGUCGCCUAGACGUCCCCACUGAUCAUAUGCAAAUGUUGAACAGUGAUGUGCAUGGCAUGGUUCCAUUUUUUGAGGUUUCUGGGCAUAUUAUCUUUAGAUUUCUGGGAAAAUAUGACCUGUCGGCAAUUGAAAAACUGAAUUUACCUGAGUGUAACCUGUGGGAGGGAGACUCCUCGUUCUCCAUGGAAAGAUGGGAGUUUUGGAAAACCCGGCUGCGAUGGGUAAGUGAACAAGAUGGAUUGCUGGAAAUAACACGAGAUGAUGCCCGGAAGAUCGUUCAUCUUAUGCAAGAAAUUGAGCAACAGGCCCAAGGAAUGGAUCCAGUGGGUUAG